AUGUUCGUGACGAUUCAGCCAAAGCCGAAGUCAAACACCAAGCUGGAGACGAAGGCAAAACCAGAGGCGAAGAUGAAGGCAAAACCAGACGCAAAACCCAAACCAGAAGCAAAGCCUAAGCCGGAGAACAAGGCUAAACCAGAGACCAAGGCCAAACCGGAGGCGAAGAGCAAGCCGAAGGCAGAGAAAGAGGGCAAAACAGAGACGAAGCCCAAGCCAGAGACAAAGACAAAGCCCAACCCAGAAGCAAAGCCCAAACCAGAAGCAAAGCCCAAACCAGAAGCAAAGCCCAAACCAGAAGCAAAGCCCAAACCAGAAGCAAAGCCUAAGUCGGAGAAUAAGGCUAAACCAGAGACGAAGGCUAAGCUCGAAACGAAGGCUAAGCCCGAAACGAAGGCUAAGCCCGAAACGAAGGCUAAGCCCGAAACGAAGGCUAAGCCCGAAACGAAGGCCAAACCGGAGGCGAAGAGCAAGCCGAAGGCAGACAUAGAGGGCAAAUCAGAGACAAAGCCGAAGCUGGAUACGAAGAGCAAGCCCGAGACAAAUACCAGACCAAAGGCAGAGACAAAGGCCAAACUAGAGUCGAAGCCUAAGCCUGAUACGAAGAGCAAGGUAGAGACUAAGGCCAAACCAGACGCAAACCCCAAACCAGAAACGAAUGUCAAACUAGAAACAAAGAGCAAGCCGGAGACAAAGGCGAAGCCCGAACCAGAGACGAAGGCCAAAGCCAAACCAGACGCAAACUCCAAGCCGGAGACCAAGGCCAAACCAGAAACGAAGCCUAAGCCGGAGACGAAGAUCAAACCCAAGCCAGAGGCAAAUACCAAGGCAAAGCCAGACACGAAGAAUCCAGACACGAAGACGAAAGGCAAACCGGAAACAAAGAUAAAGGCAAAGCCGGAAACGAAAACAGAAGUCGAGCCGAGAAAAAGAAACAACUCAACAAAGAAGAUUACAAUCAAAAUGGGGACGACAACAAUCCAGCUGGAAACCUAG